CUCCAUCACACAACGCAGAUCGCAGAGGAAACUGCAGGGAGACAGUCACUGUCUCUCUAUGAAAAGGAAUCUCCUCGGAGCACAAUGUACCCUUAAGCAGACAAUCGGAGCUAUAUUUACUCUUCCUUACCGCGGAUUACUUCAACCUGACGGGAUUUCGAAACAACUAAAGUAAUCAAAAUAAAGCAAGAGAGGAGAGAGUAAAGUUGACAGAGACGGGAUGGAAAUCAGAGAGCCGAAUCGGGCAGUCACACGGCAGGUACUGCUGUUUCUCUUCCUAUUCGCUUUGUUCUGGGGCGCGGUCUCGGAGCAGAUCCGUUAUUCAAUUCCCGAGGAAAUGGCGAAAGGUUCCCUUGUGGGGAAUCUCGCCAAGGAUUUGGGGCUGAGUGUGAGAGAACUGCCCAGCCGGAAGCUCCGUGUUCUCUCUGCAGUUAAAAAGCAAUACUUCCGCGUGAAUGGAGAAAGUGGCAACGUCUAUGUGAAUGACAGGAUAGACCGGGAAGAGAUUUGCGGGACAUCUCAACUCUGCCUCAUAAAUUUCGAGACUGUGCUGGAAAAUCCCUUGAAUGUUUUCCACAUAAAUGUCGCGAUCCAGGACAUUAACGAUAAUGCCCCGCGUUUCUUAAAAGAUAAUAUCAAACUAGAGAUGAGUGAAUCUACUUUACCAGGUGCUCGCUUUCUCCUGGGAAAUGCUGAAGACCCUGACGUUGGGGUGAAUUCUCUGCAGAGUUACCAGCUGAGCCCCAAUCAGGAUUUCAUCCUGGAAGUCAAAGAGAGCCGGGAUGGCAAUAAAUAUGCAGAUUUAGUGCUGCAGAAACCCCUGGACCGGGAAAGCCAGCGCAGCCUUCACUUGAUCCUCACGGCUGUGGAUGGGGGUGAGACGCAGAGAACUGGGACCGCCCAGAUAUGGAUUAAUGUCACCGACGCCAAUGACAACCCCCCCAUCUUCACUCAGGAGCUGUACAAAGUCAGCCUAAGGGAAAAUGCACCGACGGGCUCCUUAGUGCUUCAGGUUAAAGCCACCGACAACGAUGAAGGUUCCUAUGCUCAGAUCAGUUACGUCUUCAGCAACAUUCCAGAAAAAGCCCGUCAGAAAUUCAGGCUGGAUCCAGAAACCGGGGAAAUCACCCUAAAGGAGCCCUUGGACUUUGAGGAGACACGUGACUACACCCUGGUGGUAGAAGCAAAGGAUGGAGGCGGACUAGUGACACACUGCGAAGUGAAGUUCGAGGUUCUUGAUGAGAACGACAAUGCCCCCGAGGUGACACUCGCAUCCCUGGCCAGCACCAUCCUCGAAGACUCAGUGCCUGGGACAGUGAUAGCUCUGAUCAAUGUAAUCGAUCAAGAUUCUGGAGAUAACGGGAUCGUGUUUUGUCAUUUCCAAGAUGAGCUGCCGUUUAAAAUAAUAUCGUCCUCUCAUAACUACUACAAGCUCCUCACAGACAGCACCCUGGACAGGGAAAGGACCCCGGAGUACAAUAUCACAAUCACCGCCACAGACAAAGGCUCUCCCCCACUCUCCACCCAGAAAACCAUCCUGUUGCAGAUCUCGGAUAUCAAUGACAACGCGCCUGUCUUUGAGAAACCUUCCUACACCGCCUAUGUGCCAGAGAACAAUCCCUCGGGAGCAUCUAUUUUCAGUGUAAAAGCCUCAGACCGGGAUCUGGACCGGAACGCCCGAGUCACUUACUCCUUCCUGAGCAGCAACCUCGAAGAGGUGCCUCUCUCCUCCUAUAUCUCCAUUAACUCCCAGACCGGAGUGAUCUAUGCGCAGCGCUCCUUCGACUACGAGCAAUUCCGGGAGUUUGAGAUGCAAGUAAAGGCCCAAGACGGCGGGUCCUCGCCUCUCAGCAGCAAUGUCACCGUCAGGGUGUUUAUUGUGGAUCAGAAUGAUAACGCCCCUCGCAUCCUGUACCCUUCCUUUGGAGCCGAUGGCUCCGCCUUGUUCGAGAUGGUGCCUCGCUCGUCCGAGGCAGGUUAUCUGGUGACUAAGGUGGUGGCGGUGGAUGCUGACUCGGGACACAAUGCCUGGCUCUCCUACCACGUGCUCCAGGCCACGGACCCGUCGCUCUUCAGCAUGGGGCUGCAGAGCGGGGAGAUCCGGACAGCCCGCGCCUUUGCGGACAGAGAUGCUGUGAAGCACAGGCUGGUCACCCUGGUGAAGGACAACGGGCAGCCGCCUCUGUCCGCCACAGUGACUCUCAACCUGGUGUUUGCCGAGAACUUCCAAGAGGCUCUUCCGGAAAUGAGCGACCAAUCGGGUGACUCGGCCUCUCAGUCUGGCUUUACUGUUAUUUUGGUGGUAGCUCUAGCUUUGAUUUCGUUUUUAUUCCUUUUUACAGCGAUAUCGGUUUUAAUUUUUAAACGUCGGAGACCUAGAAUUCCCCCAGUUUUUGGAUCUUACAAUCCGGAUCUUUAUUCUAGUCUCGACCCCAAAUUCUCCUGCAACUACAGCAAUGGGACUUUGCAGUUACCCUAUUCUUACGAGAUGUGCUUAGCUGCCGAUUCGGGGCAGAAGGAGUUCACCUUUCUCAAACCGGGCCAAAAGGCUUUGACCGACAUUCUCCUUUCUGCUGAGGAUUCUGGCAUGGGGAAUGACUCUGGCAGGGGAAACCUCAGCUCUGACAGCCAGGCACAGACCCAGGGCAGCAGAAGUGGACAUUGCCCCUCCCCCCCAUGCUGUAUCCAUCAAUGUGCUCCAGCUGCGAACUGGAGGAGCACAUCUGGGGAUGAAAGGCAAGCUCAGCCUAACCCAGACUGGCGUUUCUCUCAGGCCCAGAGACCUGGAACCAGUGGCUCUCAGAAUGGAGAAGAAGGUGGAGCUUGGCCAAACAACCAGUUUGAUACGGAAAUGCUUCAAGCCAUGAUCCUGGCAUCAGCAAAUGAAGCAGCUGAUGGGAACUCUACUCUGGGAGGAGGAGCCGGCACUAUGGGCCUCAGCACCAGGUAUGGCCCCCAGUUCACACUGCAGCACGUCCCUGACUACAGGCAAAAUGUGUACAUCCCCGGCAGCACUGCCACCCUCUCCAACUCCUCAGGUAAACGAGAUGGGAAGAGCUCAGGCUCUUCAGGUGGAAACAAGAAGAAGUCUGGGAAGAAGGAGAAGAAGUAGAAUUGGCAGACCAUCAGCAGCUUAGACCUACAGGGCAGACCCCUCCAGCACUCCCCCAAAUCACAGCCUAGGAUAGAGGAUGAAUGUGAAUUUUGUGAUGAAAAAGCAGGAAACACUAUGAAUGUAUGUCAUCAUCAGAGCUAGGAGUAGGGGCUCCUACUAUUAGUCCUCAUGAUGAAAAAUAAUUGGAAACAAAACAAAACAAAAAAACAAGUGCCCUGUUAAUACUAACUAAUAUUUUAUACUAUCACUUGGGUAAUUUAAUGUGCAAGGAUGUAAAAUCUUUUAAACAUGUCUUUGGAUUUGGUUUGCUCCAGAAUGGUCCAAGAAAGCCAUGAGGCUUGUUCUUGGCUUUGCCCAGUGUAAAUAAUUGUAACAUGGAUUUUUUUUUUAUUUAUAUACUUUAGAUCAUUUUCAAAAAAAAAAAGUUCCCCAAAUUAGAACCCAUGUUCCAGAUUUUGAUAUUUAAUUUUCCAUUAGUGAAUCUGACCCUGAGGAACCUUGAAAUGGAUUCCUAGUUACGAAGUUGGUAGGGAGUGCUUCAGUUCCUGUUUACCUGUUGUCCUAAAAGAAAUAAGUGUUUACACUGCAUGAGCCGAUGGGAAUAAGGCUAAGAUGCAUUUUAAACAUUAAUUUUUUUUAAGUGUGACCAGUGAUGGCCUGAAAUAUGAAACAAAAAUCAUGAUGUCUGAGAGACAGGGAAUGCAUUCAAUCUGCAGUGGAAAAGAUCUAAGUGCACAGCAUGCCACUAGCAUUAUUGAGCUAUACAAAACCUGUCCAUAUUGAUUUAGAGGCCUCUAAAGAACAAAUUCAUCUCCUCAAUUCUUUGCAGUAAAUAUUUAUAUGUACAGUUAAUGUUUUCCUGGAACUCAAGUUAAGAAAGUCUAAGUCACCUGCUGUGAGAACAAGGAGCUGCAGCUCCUUAAAGCAAUGAAAGGCUAAGCUAAGCAAGGAAUGAUAUUAUCAGAGAAUAAACUCUGAUCUAUUUGUAUGGAAUAGAGACUGAAUGCUUCACAUUUCUGCACAUUGAACUGCAUGCAAAAUACUCACCUCACAUCUACAGUAGGACAGCGAACUCUUCCAGAUCUAGGGAAGUCAUCAUUGCAUGCAUGUACAGCAUGGUGUAAAUACACUGUGAGAUAAGUGAGUCUCAGUGCUGGCCAAGCAGUGUCUCUCUGGGAGUGGGGUUCAGUAAUAAGUGGCACAAUGUGUUAUAAAGAGUCAUUGCUCUGGCCAAGAGCAGUGAUGAGAUUUGCACAUUCCAUGUCUAUGCAGAGCAGCCAAGGACAGCCUUUGUUCAUUAGCCUUCAGAACUGGAUACUCAGUAACUGACAGUUGAUUUGAUGGGACCAAGGGACCAUACUCACAAAUAAGGGAUCCAAGAACUGGAGCUGAGCACAUGCCACUGACUGCAAAGCCAGUGGGCCUGAGAGCUGCUCUGGAGAUGCUCACAGGAGGGCCCAGGUCAGUCAGGUGACCAAGAGGAAGGAUACUGCCAGACCACACGCUCAUUCCAGUCCAAACUGUAGCUGUACACAAGCUAUUAGAUGUGACUCAAAAUCCACUGGAUUUAGUCAGAAAUAUGGACAAGACUUUGCCUUGUUUUUGGUACCACUGGUAUUGGGAUUUUUACCACAUUGAUAGAAUAGGAUUGUCAGGAAGAAGGGUCUCUCCACUAUGUGCCCUUUGUAACUAUGUACUCUGCUCACUGUUGGUCCAGACACAGCAAAGAGAGAGCGUGCAGUGUGCCCUUAGCAUCAAGUCAGCUUGGCAUCGAGUCUCCACAAGCACCUACUCAGUGAGGAAGGCUGUAUUGAACCCUUAAGCCCCUCUUUAGCUAGAGAAGUGGGAUGCCCUUUACACUGGGCCAGCUUCCUAUAUCAAAGUAAGUGGAACAGACCUGGGAAGGCAAAGGCAAAGAUACAGGGAUAGCUAUGCCAGGAUUGUUUUAAUUUGUAAUGAAUAACUCAUCUGAGAAGAUCCAGCCUUCUGUGAUCACUCAGACUAAACUUUCUCCAAGCAGCCAGGGUGCUUGCCUGGCCUGAUGCAGCACAGCGUCCGGCAGUAUUCACCAGAGCAUUGUGCACUAACUGAUGCCUCGUUAGCCAAUUGCUAUCUCCUUGUGUCUAGAGAAACAGGACUUGUCUAUGCGAAGAACUUGUCUGUGUAUGAUUUUUGUACUGAUCCCAGUCACCCUCUACGGUGGCUGCACUAGAAACAGUUUACACAGUUAGUAAGGCUUAUACAAACUAAUGUAGUUAUUAUGUGACCCUUCUAGAAGUACUGUAGAUGAAUUGUAGUGUUUAUAUUUCCUUUUAAUCAGCAAUCUGAGUUAGUGUAGAGAGUGUUUUGUACUAGUGGUGUGUUACUUUUAUCUCAGUAAAUAACUUGUGGACAUCAGUAUUUUCAAUUUCUCUUUAUCUUCUUUCUGUGUGAUCUGUGCUCUAAGUGUAUGUGAAAUGAAACACACUCGUCCUUUCAAUGUGUCUAAUAUUGAAUUAUACUUAUAUAUUAUAUAAAUGCUUAUAUCCUCUUAUAUCCAUAUAGACCAAUGUUCAAUGUGCUACACGCAAGUUUUAUACUCUAAUAUUUAUAUUGCUUUUUUUCUUUGGGAAAAAAUAAUAAAAUGGUUUCUUCUGAA